AUGGACGUCGCGGAGGUCGCGGAGCCCCAUUGGGUUCCCAUCAACGAUCCGGGUUGGAUCGGGGACCCGGGGGGCUCCGUGGCCAUCGCAGCAAGAAGACAGCCGCGGUCCCCGUCCAUCAGAGCAUUGGGUGCUGGGCGGGGAUUCGUUGCUGUUGAGUGGGGAGACUUCGCGGCAGUGGCGGUGUAUGCCCCGCACAGCUGGACCCUCGCAGAGUACGAGGAGUACUUGGACGGGUUGCGGGACUUAGUCUCCCGCAUUGCACACCGUCCGGUACUGGUCCAGGUGCAACGCCUUAAGGCCCGGGGAAACAAGGCCGCGGGUUCGGACGGUGUGCCCGACAGAGCCCUGGUCUUGGCCCUGAGCGUCCUCGGGGAAAGAGGGGACGGAUGGUUCUCCUGA